AUGGCUCCCUUCGAUGAUAACGCUCCGGAUAUCAUAGUGGGGAUUGAUUUUGGGCAGACAUACACUGGAGUUGUAUGGUCAAACUUGAGCAAUUCCAAUCCCACCAAAAGUAUUCAAGAAUGGCCCGGAUUACCUCCAGAUUCAGUGGAAACGAAAGUUCCAACGACGAUUGCAUAUUCACGCAAUUCAAAUGGUAGACAUGAAACCGUUUGGGGAUUCUCAUGCGAUCCCGAUGAUGAAUAUCAUGAAUUUGCAAAAGUACAUGAGCAUUUUAAGAUCUACUUAGAUCAACAUAGUUUGGAUUUAGCUCGGAAGGGGGGUGUAAGAGAUAUGCCUGAAACUGUUGACGAAGCAAAAUAUCUCGUGACGGAUUAUUUACACCAGAUUUACAAGCACGUCAAACUAUGUAUCGAAGCUAUUACCGGAAGUUGGAAAGAGAAGAGGAUCGAAUUUGUCUUUAGUCUUCCCACCACCUGGGAUGCUUUGGACACCGUUAAUAGAUUCAACGAAGCGAUUAGUGCGGCUGGCUUCACAUCUCAAAAUCCGGAUAAGCAUUCGGCGAAAUUGGAAUUGACCGAAGCUGAAGCUGCAGCUGUUUAUUUUGUGACAAACUCCGAAAUUGAACUUGAGAAAGGAGAUAUCAUUCUCAUUUGUGAUGCAGGUGGAGGAACAACCGACCUUGGUCUUGUCGAAGUAGCGGAUCCAAACCCUCAAAGACCAGCAUUGAAGCAGGUAGCAGAAGUUAAAGGUGUUGGUAUCGGAUCGACAAUGAUUGACCGAGCAUUCGAACGUCUCGUACAAAAUCGAUUGGAUGCGUAUCCCGACAUAGAACUUCCAGAUAACCUAGCACAUAAACUAGCUAGAGGUUCGUCCUUUCAGUCUAUUAAACAUAACUUCGGUACGACUUCAGGCAAUCAUGCUGUAUAUAUACUACGACUCGAUAAAUUGGGAAUUGGGAUUGACAAAGAUCUAACUCACCCGGGACUUCGGAUGAAAGGAUUCGAAAUACAAUCUCUGUUUGACGUGCAAAUAUCUGGUAUAAUACGUAAAAUUGACAAACAACUGGACUGGAUGCAAACGCAUAGAAGCCAUGAUGAUGUGAAAUUUCUUGUCUUGAGUGGCGGUCUUGGAGGCUCACAAUAUGUAAAGACCAAGAUUGAAGAAUACUUUCAUCGAAAUCCUCGCCAAAUAGCACAUCGUAUAAGAAUUUUAAAAUCUCAAGAGCCACGGCUUUCAGUGGUAAAGGGAUUGGUGAUAGAUAGAAGGCAAAGAAUAAAAGUUGGAUCGGCGACUCUGAAAACUAGAGUAGCAAGAGCGAGUUACGGUGUCUUAUGUCGUCAGGAAUACAACCCCGCGAUUCAUGUAGGAGAAACCAUCAUAACUGAUCCUUACAACAAGAAACAAAAAUGGGCAACGAUGCAAAUUGACUGGAUCAUAAAAAAGGAUGACACUAUCGAGACUGAUUCUGCUCGAGACCGACUGUUCACGAGGAAGAUUAUUCCGGGAGACAAUAAUCGAACAUGGGAUACAACAAUUGUAAUUUCCCACGAAGAUCGUAACAAUCUACCCACGAGUUUCAGACACUCCAAUGUCUCAAAACUGUGCACAGUGCACUCGGAUUUGAAGGAAGUCGACGAGGAAGAAUUUGAACCGAAAAAUCGAAAGCUCUGGCAACGAAAGAAAUACUAUCUCGCCACGUUUACCGUGCGAGUAAUAGUUGCACCAGCAGAUUUAAGGUUUGAACUAUGGUUCAAGGGGAUGAAAUAUAACAGAAGUCAUGAGCCGCUAUCGAUAGAUUGGGAUCCCGCUGGAGCUUCAUUGCGUCCACCGUCAAUUGAUAGACCGGUGGAUGGAUGGGAAAGUCGUGUGCAGUUGUAG